GCUGAGGCCAUGGAGCACAGCCACAUCUUCACGGUGCUUUCCCUUAACACCAGUGCCUGGAGCCCAGAGCAGCUGCAGCCGAACAGCCCCCAGGGCUGCCCUCUUGGACCUCUUCCAGUCAUCUACUACAGCACCUUGCUCUGCCUUGGCCUGCCUGCAAACAUCCUGACUGUGAUAAUCCUGUCUCAGCUGGUGCUGCGCCGCCAAAAGUCAUCCUACAACUAUCUCCUGGCUCUGGCCGUGGCUGACAUCCUUGUCCUCCUUCUUAUUGUUUUUGUCGACUUCCUACUGGAGGAUUUCAUCCUCGGAACCCCUUUGCCAUUCUCCCUUAACAAGACAGUGCAGGUACUAGAGUUCUCCUCCAUGCACACCUCCAUCUGGAUCACUGUGCCCCUGACAGUGGAUCGUUACAUUGCUGUUUGUCACCCUCUGCGCUACCACACCAUCUCUUACCCAGCACGCACCCGCAGAGUCAUCUUGGCUGUAUACACUGGGUGCCUGCUAUCUAGCACCCCAUAUUACUGGUGGCCCGAACUGUGGCAUGGGCUUCCAGGGGCAAGUGGAGGGAGCAGCAGCAGUGUAGGGCAACACGUGCUGGUGUGGGCACACUGCGCUACUGUAUACUUGCUUCCAUGCUCUGUCUUCUUCUCACUCAAUGCAGUGAUUGUGCGGAAGCUCCGCUGCAGGCGUAGCUGCUUUCGUCUCCGAGGCUACUCCACUGGCAAGACAACUGCCAUCCUGCUUGUCAUCACCUCUGUAUUUGCCGUGCUGUGGGCGCCAAGGACCAUCAUGGUCCUAUAUCACCUGUACACUGCACAACCUGCUAAGCCUGACUCUGCCCGUCUGCUCCACUUGGUCACUGAUGUGGCCAACAUGUUAGCGCUGCUUAACACGGGAGUAAACUUCUUCUUGUACUGCUUCAUCAGCAAGCGCUUUCGAGCCAUGGCUGCCACAGUUCUCAAGUCCUUUUUCCACUGCAAGAAGCAGCCACCACCCUUCUAUGCCACGCACAACUACUCCAUCACCAGCAGCCCCUGGAUCUCACCAGCCAAUUCUCACUGCAUCAAAAUGCUUGUUUAUCAGUAUGAUAAGAAUGGCAAGCCAGUCUGCAUAUCAUCCUGA